AUGACACCAACAUCAACAAAUUACUUUGAUUAUGAUGAAAGUGAUGAUCAUCACAAUUAUGAUGAAAGUGAUGAUAUACAAAAGAUUAAAAAUCUAACAACAAAUACACAAAAUACACAAAGAAAUACUCAAGGUACACAAGGUACUCAAGGUACACAAAGAUCACAACUUGAAAUUAGACAAGAAUAUAAACAUUUAUUAGAUAAUUAUAAAAUUACUUCAAAAGGAGGACAAAAGAAAUUAUGGGAUAAAGAUAAUAAGAUUAUAGAGAAUAUGUGGAUUUUACCAAGUUUGGUAGGAGAGGAGGAUGAAACAAGAGAUGGUUUUGUAAUAUCUACGGUCGUUGUAGAUGAAGCAUCCAAUAUCUAUGCAAAAAGAGUUGAUGAUCUUGGUAGAUCAUUGGACAAAUUGACUCAUACAAUGGGAAUGAGUUCAAAACAAGUUACAAGUGCCUAUGAAGAUGAUAAUUUUGAAGAGGUUGAUGAAAAUGGAGAGAAAAAGACGAGGAAGAAAUGGAGUGAUUCUGGGUUUGCAGCUUCUACCAUUACAACUAGGGAAAAGGCAAAUUUAGAUAAACCAUUUCAACCAUUUACAGUCCCAAUCAAAACUCAAUAUGUUGCAGUCAAUUUCAAAUUAUUCUUUUCAAAUGUUUUACCAGUAGAUCAACACUAUUCAUUUAGUUUAUUAAAUCGAUCAGAUGAUUUGGUUUUAACAGAAAAUACUGAUCCUUUGGAAGAAGAGGUUAAACCGAAAAAAAGAAAACAAAACGUACCAAGAACACAAUGUUUUUCAAAUUUUAGAAGAAGAAUUAAAGCUGCUCUAUCAAGAGAAACAACAGAACAAUUAUGUCCAACCAUUUCACCAGAAAAUAUCAAUGACUUUUUGGAAAAUCAUGAACAAGAUUUGGAACAAACUGAAAUAGUUCCAGUCAUUCCAAGAUUAGAAGAUUUAGAAGUUGAAACUGAUGAAGAAGAAGAAAUCACUGGAAUGUUGGAAAAUGAAAAUGAAAAUGAAAAUGAAAAAGAAGAUGAUGAAAUGGAAGAAAAUCCUAUAAGGGAACAAGAGAAUUUGGAUUUUACAGAUCUUUUACAAGAUGAAAUACAAUUUGGUUUAGAUGAAAAUGGUCAAACUAAUAUUCAACAAAUGGAAGAAAUUAGAGAAGAUUCAGAUAAUGAUCAAGAUGCAACCAUUGAUUUAAAACAUAGUUAUUAUGGAGAAGAUCAUGCUCCAGAGGAAAAGGAAAAUUUAGAUGAUGAAUGGAAAGGUUUUGGAAAUGAAGAAAAUGAAAUUGAUCGUCAUGUUGAAUCAAGAAAUUGGCAAAAUAUACCAAAUCCUGCAAUCAAAAAUAAUAAUAAUAAACCAGAACAUGGUGAUAAAUCAAAAUUACUCUGUGAUAAUACAAUUCAAAAUGAUUAUAAAGAAUCUGAUUUUUUUAAUUUAAAAAUUAGAUCAAAUUUUUCAAUUGAUAAAAGAAAGCUUUUUAUUGAAAAUAUAGAAAAUUUAAAAAAACAACAACAACAACAACAACAACAAGAAAAUAUUAAUAAUGAUAAUAAUGAUAAUGAUAAUUUUGAAAAUAAUGAUAAUAAUUAUCAAGAUGGAUUUGAGGAUUCUUUUGAAGAUUCAUUUGAAGAUUCAUUUGAAGAUUCAGAAACUUUUACUCAAUCAACUACAACAAUAAUGGGACAACAAUCAAGUUCAAUGUCAUCAUUAAAUAGAAGAAGAAGAAGGUUUGAAUUUAAUAGUAAAGAUUAUGAAAGAAAACUUUUUAUUCUUUUAAAAAAAUCACCAGAGGCACGAUUAUCAUUUGAAGAGGUUUUGGAAUUGGAAUUAAAAUCUGAAACACUUGGAGUAUCUGAUUUAAUGGCAUGCAAGAGAAAAAUUAGUAUAUCAUUGUUCAUGGUACUAUUAUUAUCAAACAAAAAUAAUCUUCAAUUAACUCAAACAAGUCUUGAUGAUUUUUCAAUCAUUUCAAAUGGUAAACUUGAUCCACAACAAAAUCAAACUUCGAGGUUUAAAUUUGAUAAAUAA